AGGAAGCUUCCUCUCCUGCUACGCUUUUAUCCUUCAACUCCUUCCCCCUCUUUCUUACUCCUCUUUGCUUCUCUCAUCUAUCUCUUCAUCACUGAACAUAACAAAUUCAUUCUUUCAGUGGAAGAUUUUGCUAAUUACAGAUUACAUAUAUCCUUGUUCAUUGAUCUCUUAGAGGGUUGUUCAAUGCCUGCUAUGGGAACCCAAGAAGCCUCCUCAAGUCGAUGUUCUUAUCACGUGUUCCUGAGUUUUAGAGGUGAAGACACCCGGAAUACUUUUACUGAUCAUCUUUAUACAGCUCUACUACAUGCAGGAAUGCGCACAUUUAGGGAUGAUGAUGGACUGGAGAGAGGACAGAAUAUCACCCUAGAACUAAAUAAGGCAAUCCAAGAGUCGAGAAUUUCAAUAAUUGUCUUCUCAAAAGACUAUGCAUCAUCAAGAUGGUGUCUUGAUGAGCUUUUGAAUAUCCUUGAGCACAAGAAGACUGCUGGUCAUAUGAUUCUGCCUGUCUUCUAUCAUGUGGAUCCAUCCCAUGUAAGAAAGCAGACAGGGAGUUUUGCUGAAGCAUUUGCCACACACGAAGAGCGAUUUAAGGCAGAGACAGAAGAAAGAAAAGAGGCAGGGUUGGAGAGGAUAAAGAGGUGGAAGGCAGCUUUGAGAGAAGUUGCAGAUUUGGCAGGGAUGGUUAUUAAAGAUGGGCAGGAGGCAAGUUUUAUUCAAAAAAUUGUUAAAGAGAUUGGGAACAAAUUGAAUCGCAGGGUCUUGAGUGUUUGUCCACACCCAAUUGGAAUAGAUUCUCGUGUAAAAGACAUUAAUUUGUGGAUACAAGAUGGAUCGACGGAUGUUGGCAUAGUGACGAUAUGUGGAAUUGGUGGAAUUGGGAAGACGACCAUCGCCAAAACUGUCUAUAACCUAAACUUCGACAGAUUUGAAGGUAGCAGCUUCCUUGCAAAUAUUAGAGAAAUAUCAGAACAACCCAAUGGUUUGGUUAGGUUACAAAAGCAACUUCUUUCAGAUAUUCUAAGGGGGAGAAAAGAAAAAAUUAGCAGUGUUGACGAAGGAAUCAUUAAGAUUAGAGAUGCUAUUUGCAGUAAAAGAGUCUUAAUUGUUCUUGAUGAUGUGGAUCAAUUAGACCAAUUAAAUGCACUACUCAUCAUGCGAGAUUGGUUUUAUCCAGGAAGUAAAAUUAUCCUAACAACUAGACGUGAGCAAUUGCUGAAGGCACAUGAACUGUGUAAGAUGCACAAAGUUAAGGAAUUCAAUGAUGAUGAAUCAUUUCAGCUCUUCUGUUGGCAUGCCUUUGGACAAGACCAUCCCAUUGAAGUUUACUUGGAGAAGUCAAAAAGGGUCGUACAGUAUUGCGGAGGGCUUCCUUUAGCUCUUCAAGUGUUGGGUUCUUCCCUAUCCGGCAGACCUGUAGAUGUGUGGGAAAGUACAUUAAAGAAAUUGGAAGUUAUUCCUAACAGUCAGAUCCUAAAGAAACUUAAAAUAAGCUUUGAUUCUUUACAAGAUGACGAUGACAGAAAUGUGUUCCUUGACAUUGCUUGUUUCUUUGUUGGAAAGGAUAAAGAUUUCAUAAUUACAAUACUAGAUGGGUGUGAUUUCUACCCAAAAGUUGGAAUUCACAAUCUCAUUGAUAGAUGCCUCAUAGCUAUCGAUGAAAAUAACAAGUUGACAAUGCAUCAGUUGCUUCGGGACAUGGGGAGAGAAAUCAUACGCCAAGAAUCACCCAAGGAACCUGGGAAACGCAGCAGAUUGUGGCAUCACAAGGACGCCUUUAGCGUAUUAAAUGACAAAACUGGAACAGAUUCCGUUGAAGGCGUCACUCUCAACUUGAAUGCAUCUAAGGAAGAUUGGUCCAGGAAGAAAUUCUUUGGUUUAGAUAAUGCAAAAAGACACCAUUCAGAAGAUUUUCUUGACAAACCAACUUUACUUUCCGAAAACAAUUCAUUGAAGCAGCGUCGUCUAGGCUUCUUCUCUUGGCUCCCUAUAAAUUCUGCCUCAACGAUAUCGAAUUCCACAUCAAAUGAAGUAGAUUUGCACAUUGAUGCAUUUUCAAGAAUGCCCAGAUUAAGACUACUCCAGCUAAAUAAUGCAAGGCUCAAAGGAGACUAUGAAGAAUUCCCUAGGAAGUUGAAAUGGUUGUGUUGGCGUGGGUUCCCUUUAGAAUCUAUACCCAGUGGCCUUCAUCUGGAGAGUCUGGUUGCCCUUGACAUGCGCAAUAGCAGCUUGAAACAAGCUUGGAAUGGAAACAAGUUGCUCGGAUCGUUGAAAAUUCUUAAUCUCAGCCAUUCUCAUGCUCUUUCCAACACGCCUGACUUCUCACAAUUCCCUAAUCUAGAAAGAUUGAUUCUUAAAAAUUGCAUAAAUUUGAUUGAGAUUCAUGAAUCAAUUGAGGAAUUAGGGAGACUAGUUCUGUUGAAUCUAAAAGGUUGCAAAAAUCUUAGGAAGCUUCCAUCGAAAAUUGGCCAGCUAAAAUCUCUUCAAAUACUCAUUGUAUCUCAUUGUUCAAAGCUUGAGAAAUUGGCUACUCUCCCUGCAGUUGGGAUUGGCAUAAAUCAACCACCCUCCAUGACUACUGGGGUAAGUACAGUGCUGGGCGAGAUGGAGUCUUUGAAAAUGCUCCCUGCAGAUGGGAUUGGCAUAAAUCAAUCACCCUCCAUGACUACUGGGGUAAGAUCAUGGCCUUCACACUUCCGGGAUUGGCUAUUGGGACCAAGAAGAAGUCCAGAAUCGAUCAGCUUUUCGUUGUGUUCUUUACCUCGCUCAUUAUCAAGUUUGAGUCUUGUUGGCUGCAACCUAUCAAAUGAUGAUAUUCCAAACGAUCUUGGCAGCCUAUCCCUGUUGAAGUACUUGAAUCUAAGUGAAAACCCAAUCUGUAGCCUUCCAGAGAGCGUCAAGUGUCUCACUGUGCUCCAGGAACUCUAUCUAAACAAAUGCAAAACACUCCAGAUACUUCCAGAGCUUCCAAUGAGUUUAUCGAGGUUGCAUUUAUACGGAUGCAGGUCAUUGGAAAUGAUAACAAAUGUACCAAACCUGUUGGAUUCUCUUGAUUUGUUUAUAAAAGACUGUUACAAACUAAGUGAGGUUCAGGGGUUGUUCAAGUUAGAACCCAUUGGAAACUUUGAUGAAGUAAUGAUCAACAAUUUGGGCUUGUCCAACUUGGAAUUCCUGAGAAACAUUGAAGUGUGGUUGCUCAAUAACAUGACGAAAACUAUAAGAAAAGUUCCCCUUCAGGGACUGUAUGAAAUGGGUAUAUUUAGCACUUUUCUCCCUGGUAGUGAAGUUGCAGCAGGCUGGUACAGCAUUAAGAGCACGGAACCUGAAAUAUGUUUUAAGGUACCUUCAUAUCCUAAUUUGAAGAUCCAAGUCUUGAAUGUAUGUGUUGUCUAUGCACAAACUGAUGAACAUUCUUGGCAUUCUAUGGAUGGUUAUUGGCGUGAUGAGUUUUGGAUGAUUAGAGUGAGUAAUAGGACAAAGGAUGUGAAGUGGACAUACAGCCCAACAUUCAUGGGCCUUCCAGUUGAGGGCCAGGAGAUGGUAUGGUUAAGCCAUUGGAAUUUUGUGAAUCAAUUGAUGGAAGCUGGUGAUGAAGUGAAUAUUUCAUUGGUUUUUUUGAAUUUUGGUAAUAAUCUCAAGCUAAAGGAGUUUGGAAUCCAAUUUGUGUUGGAGGAAGAAGAGAAGGUUACCCCAUACACAGAUUUGUCAGUGUACAAGGUGAAGGGAUACACAGGUUCCUACUUCCUUUCUCAUCAUUGUUUUGGCCUCCGGUACCGCAGAAGGCUUCUUUUCAUAUAGAGCCUCCGGUACUGCAUUUGUGUUUAUAUUGAUGACUUUUUAUAUAUUUAACACUCCGACUAUGGAGAGAUUAAAUUCCCCCACCGACUUCUUAAAAAAUUCUCAAAAAUAGUCAUUUACCGGGCUAAAGUUUAAAAAGGCUCGAUAGAUUUUCUUUUUUCCUGUAAUUUACAGAGUAAACUUAAAACUAGAGGAUGACAACAGAAAAUAUUUUG